AUGCAAAAACAUCAAACAACAGAAACAGUAACGAAAUUAAAAGAUGGUGAAUCAACAGGAUGGAUAAAAGUUAUAAAAAAGCCAACGUCGAAAACGAACGUAGUGUCACAAGCAAGUAGACUUGUCACUAAACCAAAACCGCGUGUAACCUUAAAGCAAUCUUCUUUAUCCGAGUUUUUCCAGCUGGAAAAUAGAAUUGUAAAUAAUCAUCUAAGCAUUACAAAAGAAGUCAAUAUCUCGCGUCAAGAUCAAGUCCUUAAACCACCCGAGAAAAAGCAAUCGUCCAGAAAACGAAAGGAUGUUCGAGAAGAAACAACAGAAAAGAAUAUUAAACAAGGUCAGAGUCGGCAAAUUACUUUGAAAAUGUGCUUUGGAAACAAUAUAAACUUUUAUGCGCAAUUGAGAAUUACCAAAGAAAAAAGUAAUACCAGUAAAAUUAGUGAAAAAAGAAAUAAUCGUGUCAAAAAAGCAAAAUCAGUUCAAACUAAAAAUGUAAUAGAUAAAGAUGAAAAAGUUCAAAAGAAAUUGGUGGAUUUUUUUCUUUUGAAAAAUCAGCAUAUAAACCAUAGUCAAAAUACUUUAAUUGCAUCAGAACUUCAAAAUCUUCCUAAUUCAGCAUCUGUGAAUGGCUCAACAGCUCUAGAUAAUCAGCAAAUGCCUCUGUAUAAUUCUUAUCACCUAUCAAAUCUUUCCGUGUUAACGGAUGAUUCUUUUAUAACAACAUCUUCGCGUAUAAGUUCUGAAAUUACGCCAGAUAGACAUACUGGAAAGUCGUCCAAACAUAUUCUUUGUGACGGGAUUGCACAUGACAAGGAUCUUGAAAAGAACUCAUCAGCUCAAAAUAAUAAUACUCCAUUGCAAAACAAUGUGAACACUUUAUUGGAAAUGGAUGGUAAACGUUCAAUGUCAGUGCAGAACAAUUCGUCUUUAGUAGCUGCAUCAAAGUCAGUGAUUAUGGUACAAACUGAGAUCUUGGAUAUUCUUUCCACACGAAUUAUUGGUGAAAUGGAUAAUCAAAAUGAGCUAAAAGAGAUACUUAGACCUCGAACACCAGAUUCCAUUCAAGAAAGAUUGAUUAAAUCCGGUAUCUCACCUGCACCUUCUCCACCAUCAUUGCUUUCUCAAGAUUCACUUGAACAAAUACCGUUGUCUAUUUUGGAACAAUUACCUUCGAUAAAUACAU